AUGGAGGACGACGAUAACGACGAUAUCCUCUGGUGUGAAAACGAUGGGACUAUGAUGAGUCAGGAAGCCAUCCAAAAUAUUAGAGAAAAGCAGAGAUUGAGACGAUCACUGUCGAUAGAAUGCAUUAGAGUAGUCAGCGCAGAGGAGAGCAGAAGACGUCGUGGAGCAGAGAACAAUAAUGCUGCACCUGAAGCUGAAGCUCCUCCACAAAAUGAAGCUCCUCUAAGAGCUCCUCCAAUUUAUAUCAAUCUUGACGAUGACGAAGAUCUCAUUGAGCUCGAGGUACAGAAUGUAGCGAAUCCUGAAGAAGCGGACCCAGAAGAGGUGGACCCAAAUGUCGUGAUCCUAGAAGUCGUGGAAUUAGAAAAAGAGGAGCCAGAAGAAGUUGUCCCAGAAGACGUGGAUCCAGUUGAUCCAGAGGAAGCAGAUCUUGAAGAAGUGGAUCCUUAUGAAGCAGAUCCAGAAGACGUCGAUCCAGGAGAAGCUGUGGACGUCCUGAUGCUGGAAGAAAGACCGAGAUCCAGUUCAGACAUCGAGAACAUUCCAGAAGCUCCAGAAUCUGAGCUCGUCAGACCAGAAGGCGUCAGAAGAUACAAAACGAGAAGCUUCCCAAAUCCAGUGAAACGGUCCGCUCCAGAAGCACCUCAAGCUUCAGCGAAGCGUCAAAGAUCGGAGGAGCCGACGACUUCAGCGAGCUCAUCAGAAGCAAGUAUGCGGUCGAAUCGGAGAUCUAGAAAGAAGAUUCCAGAAGUUGUCCUAGAUCGGGGUGUGAUCCUUCCAAUCGGAACGGCUCGCGUUCCAUUCCAGUUUCCUGCUGACUACAUCCCACCACCUCGUCCAAAGAUCAAGAAUCAACCACUAACGGAGGAUGAUCAAUGUGAAGUCGCCAUCGUUCCAGACGUUCUGUCUCCAGAAGACCAAGCAGCAUAUAUAGAUGCAGAUGAUGAUCACGAAGAAGAGCUCUGGGUACCGGAACCCGGCAUGACCAUUGGCGCCAGGAAGAGCAUCCAUUUCAACUACUGGAAGCCGAUUUUCCGACAAUUCGCUGGACACAUCCCAAUGGAGCGGGCUCUUCAGCACUUGAUGCGUAAGGAUUACUGUACUUCGGAAGCUCUGGACACGGUGGAUCAGUGUCUGAAAACACUUCCACAGUUCUUGAAGCCAUUGUGUGUUGGACAGGCGGUUAAGCUCAGCAAGCUCAUCAAGGAUCAGAAUAUGGAUAGGAGAAAGAUCCAGGAAAAAGUGAUGAGGAACUACCAUCUUGGCGAGGUCCAGAUCUACCACCACCAAUUCCUCCGUCGCUUCCUCCUCCAGGCACACUGGCGAAGAGCCUGCAACUGUGACGACUUCUUAGUAGAGGAGAUGGAUUAUGUGCAGAGGGUUGGAUGCUCCAACUGUACCAAGCACAUCAAGAAGUCGCCUCUGGAUCCAUCACGGCUUUGUCUCAUAUGCCAAUACUAUGAAAAGAUCACGGGAAAACGGCGAGACGUCAAGGAGGUGGUUUUUUUCAAGGAGGAGGAAGAGAUUCUGGAUCGAUGGGUUCUGGAGGAGAGGAUUCAGAAAAGGAAGAUGUCACUUGCAGAGAUUUACAAGAUCAUGGAGACGGACACCUCAGAAAGACAGAAAAGGAAGGAUCUGACGGAUGAAGAAAGGAGUAUGCUGUCGGAGAGUGAGCUGAAGUUAGAUGGAGCAAGAAUAGUGGAGCUCCUGAAGCCGUUCGAGAUGCAUCUUCAUGGGUGUGAUUGCAAGAAACGUCCACAAAUCUUCCGGAAAGUAUUCUCAACGAAAGAGGAGGAUCAAUUCCAGAAGUCACUGGUGAGACAUCGUGGAGAUCAGUGUAAGGCGGCUGAAGAGCUUGGAGUCCCAGUGGAGAUGAUGGAACGAUUUGUCGAGGUGUACCCGGAGACGCAUAAGAUAUGGACGGGAAGCCGCUCCAAGAAGUUCUUCCAUUUGAGGAAUCGAAUCUUGGUUCCAGACCUGCCUCCUGGAAUCGAAAGACUGUCAGUGUAUAAGCCAGGACUCGGCGAGCCGUGGUUGCCGACGCAGGAGAUGAUGAGGCUAGCAGCUGAAGAACCAAGAAAGAGCCAAAAAGAUGCCAAAGGGUCCGCACCUCAAAGUUCUGCUGAAACUGAGCAACCAUCGAAGAGCCAGCGUGGUGUCAGACGGUCCAGGAAAACUAGAUAA